CAGAUGUAUCCCGUCGCUAUAUGUUCUAAUUGUUUGAUGUGAAAGUAGUACUACUUGUUUAUUUGAUCAGCGUUAGUGAUUUAAACUGUUACGGUUUCAUUGAUCUUCAUACGGGGCAUCCAUUGUUUAUAAUUUCAACGUAAAGUCAACCAAAAGGCGUAGCAAUUUUGCUUGUCGCGAGACGCAGUCAGGAUGUCAGCAGGACGACACAUGGAAGGCGCGGGCUGUGUCACAUGGUGGGGUUUCAGCCCAGCUGUAGAUCUCCUAAACGCUGGCCCAGAUGGACUGCAUGGAGAGGUCAAUGUUUUACUACUGGGCUGUGCUGACCCAAGACAUAUCCUGAAGACUCUAUCUGGACUGAAAGACACAGACACACUAUCUGUGUGGGUAAUUGAAAGCAGUAUGGACGUUGUGGCCCGGCAGCUGCUGCUUCUGUAUGUGUCAUUAAUUUCCACGAAAGGAAUGGGGCUACAUGAAAAGGUGGAGGUCUUUCUGGAGCUGUUUGGGAACACAGAGAUCCGUAGCCAAACGGAAGAGAUCUUACGAUACGCCACCACUCAACUCUCCCUGUCCGUCUCUGACAUGCUUAGUACACCAAUACAUCCCUGCCUUGACACCGAGCUUCUGAAGUAUAAGGAGCGAGAUGAGCUGGCGUGGAUUUGGAAGCAGUGGCUGCAUCCUGCGCCACAAAGUCCCUCCGUGAAGAAGGCCUGGGACGGCCGAGUGAGGCAGCAUUUGGGCUCUCGAUAUGACUCUAGACACGGUUGCUAUGACUGGGAUCUCACCAUGAAGCUCCAUCAGAAAGAGUGUAGUGUCAUCAGUAAGCAGCAGUAUGUGAGGUGGCGGGACACAGGUUUGGCUUUUGAACUGAGAGAAGGCCAUUUCCAGACCACCAAUCAGAGUCUUCUCUCUAACCGCAUAUUCAAUCAUAGAGGAAAGAAGAUUGCAGCAAGAGGAUACUGGGGUGACAUUGUAUCUAGUCCAUACAUCUGUUUUGGCAUUGAGACCGAUGACAAAGACCUUCUCAAAAGGCACAACAACCAGCAUGUCAAGACAGCACAAGACGUCUCCUUUGCAAAUGUACUGGCGCUGUUCCAGGCCCUAUCCAAUAGAGGCAGUGUGCCGCCAUGUCCUCAGGCGGUCAGUGGUGCCGGUGACCAAGAGCAGUGCCCGGCGUCUGAAGAGGUGCAGUCAGAGUCAGUGUGUCAGAGUGAACCACAAACACGUCCUGACCAUCCUCCUGGUGACCUGUCUGAGGAGUCAUCUGAGCACCAGCCAGACGCAAAGGAAAAGUCUGUGCAUUAUGAUCUCAUGGAUGUGAGCGGCGUGAGAGUUUUCUUCCUCCCACUCGACUCCCUUACAAAACUUUUUGAGAAACACAAGUUUUCCAGUUUCUUCAACACCAUCUACUGCUCAGCAAGUAUGGUGCAUGAAUUGAAACCCUCACUGAAACAAAUUGCUGCGCCAAAGGCCGUUCUCAUAGUGGAGCUGUGCAAGUUCCUGUUGGACCUAUCCAAAGACCAAGAAAAUGGAUUUCGAGAGAGAGUGGAAGAGAUCUCCAUUGAAGCAGGUUUUACACCUACACAGGAACACACAAGUGAUGUGCAUGCAGUCUUCACAAUGGAGUAGCAGUGGCAUUAGUCACAAAGAAAAACAUUAGAAGAUGUACAGUUGAAGGUACAGGGUUGUUCUUCAAUGGAGUGUUUACUGCUGUAAUGAAAAAUAAAUGUUUAUUUUUGUUA